CGAUUACGCACUGCCUCUAUAGUUGCCUGCUGUACAUCCCCGUCAUCGUUAACCCGUCAGAGGUCGAUCGGUGAUGGCGGAAGCGCACAACGUCGUCAUAAUGAAGAACUAUCACGGAGAUUUGUUAAACGACAAAAAGAGCAGCCGAUACCCCUAUUCCAUCGUCUGGACUCCCAUUCCUAUUUUGUCGUGGGUGCUGCCUUUCAUCGGCCAUAUGGGGAUAUGCACCUCUUCCGGAAUCAUCAGAGAUUUUGCAGGAUCUUACUUUGUCUCGGAGGACAAUAUGGGUUUCGGGAGACCAACAAAGUACUGGAAGCUUGAUGUGAACAAAGUGCGUGGCAAUGGUGCUGCGACUUGGGACAAAGCGGUAUAUGAUGCAUCUGAGGAAUACAAAAGCAGGCAGCACAACCUGUGUUUUGAUAACUGCCAUUCCCACGUCGCCAUGGCCCUCAAUUUAAUGCGCUAUGACAACAGCUCCUCUUGGAACAUGAUCAACUUGUGCUUUGGGUCCAUCAUUCAUGGCAAAUAUGUGAGUUGGUCCGCGUUCCUCAAGACCUGGCUACCCUUCAUCAUUCUCUCCGUUGUAAUCGGCAUGGUCGUCCUAACAUUCAACCUUCAGUAAUACACUACACCAGGAGACACAUUUAUUACAAUUUCUUUGACACAUCUUAUGUUUGAUUGAGAUUUUGGCAGUGGUGAUUUGUAUGCUGUAAAGUAUUGCCAAUCCAUGAAGCAAAUGUUAUAUUAUUUUCUGCUCGGGCUCUCUGAUGUUAUGCUGAGUUUAAUAUGUAUUUUUCAUGAUGAACGUGUUUCCAGACUGGCUCAUGUGCAUUCCAGUGAUGACGAAAAGAAAUGACAAUGUGUAUCGCGACACAAUCUCAAUGCUGGAAGUAUUCAUCAGUUAUUAAAGAAACUAGGUGAUACAGAGCACUGCAAAGACAGAAGGAUGAAUGAGCCAUUUGAAGGAAAAAUUACCCUGAGUAGAUAAAUGUGUUUAUUGUAUUUUUUUUCAGGUUGGUUGCAUAUUUUGUUCAAUGCUUGGAGACCGUAUAGCUUCAUUCAGGAAUGUAAUUUUAGCAUCAAACAAGCAAAACUGGAUCAUGUUAUUGCGUCAAUAUCACUAUAAAGUGCCCUUUCUGUCCUCAUAAUCACUGUCAUCCUAACUUUGGAUCAGAAUAAUGACAGUAUGGGGCGGCCCGGUAGUCCAGUGGUUAGCACGUCGGCUUCACAGUGCAGAGGUACCGGGUUCGAUUCCAGCUCCGGCCUCCCUGUGUGGAGUUUGCAUGUUCUCCCCGGGCCUGCGUGGGUUUUCUCCGGGUGCUCCGGUUUCCUCCCACAUUCCAAAAACAUGCGUGGCAGGCUGAUUGGACGCUCUAAAUUGUCCCUAGGUGUGAGUGUGAGUGCGAAUGGUUGUUCGUUUCUGUGUGCCCUGCGAUUGGCUGGCAACCGAUUCAGGGUGUCCCCCGCCUACUGCCCGAAGACAGCUGGGAUAGGCUGCAGCACCCCCCGCGACCCUAGUGAGGAUCAAGCGGCUCGUAAGAUGAAUGAAUGAUGACAGUAUGAGGUUUUAUUACAAGUGGCCAAACAUUUGGACACUUGCCAAGACAAUCAUAUAAAUACACAUACAUGAUAUUGUCCACAACAAAUUAUUGAAUAAAAUAAGUCAUUUUGCUCAUUUAUGUUCUAUUUUUUAUAAUCAUUGAACUUGGAUGUGUCUUAGAAAGUGAGUCCACCCUGUUACUGUGGAGUAACUGCCUCUAAGAAAACCCCUGAUGUUUUUAGUGACACCAGAAAAAUCAUUUAUGGUUUGCGAUUUUCAUAUGUGCACGUUGUCAUAGUGAAAUAUCAAUUGAUAAAAAAAUGUUCAGAAAUCUGAGAUAUUUUUGUUCAACAGUACAGUCAGCUUUCUAACUGAAUCAUAAUGGUAAGCGAAAGUCCACUAUGUGCUCAUUAAGUGCUAACAUUCGCUAAAUAUGUCCACCCUGUCACCGAGCUCACAUAUUUUGCUGUUGUUUGCAUAUUCAUCAUCUACUUGCAGUUGGCACGUUGUGUUAAACAUAAAUGAAAACAGAAUACAAUGAUUCAACCUAUAUUUAGUUGAGUACACGACAAAGACAAGAUAUCUAAUGUUCAAAUUGAUAAACUUGUUUUUAGCAAAAAAUCAUUGAGCGAGAGAGAGAAAGAGAGAUAGGAGCAUGCAUUUCUAAUAGACAUCUCAUAGAAGUACGUAGCAUGAUGUUCAGCGCAUGUUCAUUUUUUUAGGGCUGAAAAAGAACAUUAUAGUGAUAUUGAUUAUGACAGUGCAUUUUUGUCAUGAAUAAGUAUUUUGUUAGCAAUGUAAUAAUUGCUCUCCUGUUUCAUUGUACUGUGGAGGUGAGAACAAGUGGCUGCUCCGACUGUCCGCUGUAGCUUUAAGGGGACUACACACGUUUUUUCAUCCAGCAGAUUCUGCAAUACAAGAUCUGCCAUCAAUUUACAAGACCCUUUAUUCCCAGAGUGCAGUAGAUGAGGAGGGACUAUUGCUCGGGUGCUUUUUACUCAUGUUGGCAUUACUUUGUGAGAUGCGCUGCAUUAAAAUAUAGACUCUCUUUA